UUCUAUAUUCUCACAAAAUCUAUCCACUCCCACUUUUUCUCUUCAAAUAAACCAAAUCCUCAUUUUCUCUCUCUCUCUAAAACUUGAAUGAGUCAUGACUCGCAGCUUCAGAUUCCUCUCAGCCGUCACUAACUCAUCUUCAUCUUUCGACCAAACUACCGCAGAACCGCCGGAAGCUGUCGCCGUGGAAUCCGACUUCGUCGUAAUCCUCGCCGCUCUUCUCUGCGCCUUAAUCUGCGUUCUCGGCCUAAUCGCCGUUGCUCGUUGCGCUUGGCUCCGCCGCGGAUCCACCGCCGCCGCCACUCGUCGGAACCCUAACCAAUCCACCGCAAAUAAAGGACUUAAGAAGAAAGUUGUCGAGACAUUACCGAAGUUCGUUUACAGUUCCGGUGAAUCCGCCGGAAAGCUAUCCUCCGGCGACUGUGCUAUCUGUUUGUCGGAAUAUUCCGACGGCGAUGAGAUCCGUGUGUUGCCGCAGUGCGGACAUGGAUUCCACGUCGGAUGUAUUGAUUUAUGGCUCGGUUCGCAUUCGUCGUGUCCGUCGUGUAGACAGAUAUUGGUUGUUAGCCGGUGCCGGAAGUGCGGCGAGAUUCCGGCGGUUCCUCCCGCCGGAGAAGGUGUAACGGAAAUUGAAAGUAAAGGAAGAAGGCAAAAUGAUGAUAAUAGUUCCUGUUCGAAUCCGAGUAAUUAUUUGCCAUAAACACUUGUUGUACUGUAUGUAUUAAUUUAUUAAUUAAUUAAUUAGUGUUUAUAUUA